AUGUUGCUGCUGACGCUUGUCCAGCUCCAGGUCGUCGUGCUCGCAGCGAGCCGCAUCGACGUGCGCACCUUCAGUUUGGAUGAGGUGAGCCUCGAGCCGUCGCCGAAGCCCGCGUUUCUCGUCAACGCCACCAAAGAGGCGAUCGAUCAAUUCAUGGCGAUCUAUCGGACGCCGGGAAUCGCGCAAAUUCGAAAGAUGACCGAACUCGACGUGCUCGUUGGCACACUGCGAACCGAAGUGCAACAAUCGUACAACGCUUACAAGGCCGAAUCGGUGUUGUUGAAGUUGGCGCAGGACGAGCGACUCCAGGAGAUCGCCGAGAAGACGCAUUACACGAUUGUGCAUUUGACGGCGUUGAAGGAGACGAAGAUGGGCACGAAUGAGAGGAAGGCGAGGACCGAGAUGAUGUUCGCCGAGUUUUCCGAUUUUGUGGUGAGCGCGAUCAGCGACGAGGUGAGCAACAUUCUGGACCUCGUGAUGCGUCAAAUGUUGCGCGCGAUAUUGUUCACCGAGAAAUUGACGAUUUAA